AUGCAGAUUUCUUUUGGAAUCCUUGCUGCUUUGCUGAGCGCCUCGUCGCUGGUUGCGGCCUCACCGACUCAAUCGGCCGGCGAUCUCAUGCUAGAUCUCAACAGCAAGGCAAUCAGUGCGUUAGAGAAUGCCCAGGCACCGACCAGCCGCAAGAAGUGCACAAUCGCCAAUGCCAACGUGCGCCGGGAUUGGAAAGCCCUAUCAAAGAAAGAGAGAAAGGCUUAUAUCAAUGCAGUUCUAUGUCUGCGAAAGAAACCAUCCAAGGCAGACCCUUCUUUCGCACCUGGUGCACGUACUAGAUAUGACGAUUUUGUCGCUGUGCAUAUCAACCAGACUCGCACUAUCCAUGCAACGGGAAACUUCUUCACCUGGCAUCGCUACUAUACUUGGGCAUAUGAAAAAGCUCUGCGAGAUGAGUGCGACUACAAAGGCACCCAGCCGUACUGGAAUUGGUUUGAGACUGGCGACAUUGCAACUAACCCUCUCUUUGACGGUUCCGAGACCAGUAUGAGCGGCGAUGGCGGGUUCUUCAAGCACAACGGCUCUGUUUCUGGCACAGGACUCAUUUUCCUUCCCAGCGGUAACGGAGGUGGCUGUAUCAAAAAGGGUCCCUUCGCCGGCGCAACCGCUAACCUUGGACCCCCAUCUCCUGGCAUGGACGGAAUGGAAGCCACCGCUAAACCUCUCGAAUAUAACCCUCGCUGUCUACGUCGAGAUCUCAGUCGUUACACCAUUGAUAAGUGGAUGACUCUCCCUAACUUAUACAACGUCACGCUCGGCGAUGCUUCACGCAGCAUUCAAAUCAUGCAGGACGAGUUUCAAGGUCGUUUUCCAGAUCGAUUCCUGGGCUUGCACGGCGCUGGUCAUUUUGCCAUUGGUGGUGACUCCUCUGACCUUUACUCUUCGUCUAACGAACCUGUUUUCUUUCUGCAUCAUGCUAUGGUUGAUCGCGUGUACUGGAUAUGGCAGGCUCUGCAUCCCAAGCAGGCCAGGGAUAUUGCUGGUACUAUCACUAUCGGGAACAGACCUCCUAGUCGAGACGCUUUGAAGUCUGAUCCUCUGAAUAUGGGGGUUAAUGCAGCUGAGAUUACCAUCGAUGAUGCGCUUGAUACCAUGAGCGGUUCUCCGUUCUGUUAUAUCUAUCUGUAA